AUGGCUUGCGACCGCACCUUCCCGCGCUCUGCGGUACAAGACCACGACCACGACAUCGCGGCGGGUCCAACUGCGGAUCCACCGUGCAUCGGCCGCUUCCUAACGACAACGCAGGUUAGCAUCGUCAACGCGGUCGAGGAUGGUGACGGAUAUCGGAUUCCGCUGGAGCAUUUCGUCAAUCCCGCGCUCUUAGGUAGGGCUGAAUUCCAGUUGCUGCCCGACCUCGCCGAGAUCAACUUCCGCUGCAGCCGCGAACACUACGCCCAGGCCGCGCAGUACCUCGACAUAGUCCUGUUGCAGGACUACGAUCCAACUAUGUGGCGGAUCAGCAAGCACCGCACAUUUGGUACGGUUGUGGGCGCUCCCGGCGCUAGACAAGUCGGUUUCGCCGCGAUGCUGGCGGGCGAGGGUGUGCCGUUUGCUGUCGUCGGCGCAUCACUCGCACCCGGCGAUGUGCAGGGUAUGUACGGUAACCCUUGCGUAUGGGCUCCAGACGCACUGCCGCUUCGGGCGAGGGUGAUGAUCGCUAUCCUCAUGUUCGACUUCUGUAAUCCCGUGUACUCCUGGCGUAGAGGGGUAUUGCUGGACUAUCUGCCCGAGACGACCGCGAGCUGUGACUGCAUGUCGACGUGCUGUGUUCCGGAGCGUGCAUUUCUCACGAACGUGCAGAACUCGCCUCACGCCGCGGACCCCUCGUCGCCAGAGUGGCAGCUCCUCCACCUCCUGCACCUCCUAUCACUCCCAUCACCUGGCGCGACUCUCACCGUGAUGCGUGCGCAGAUCACCGCCUACCUCACCACGGUGCAGGCGAAGCUACAAACGUACACGGGCGUGCUCGAGUACACGAAGCUCGCCGAGUGCCGGCGACGGAUCCACCGGCCGCUGCCCGUGAGCCGGGGCGGCUGGGCCCUUGAAUGCGCGCUGCGCCACGACACGGGGCCGAUCGAGCUGGCGGCGUUCGGGAGCGCCCUUCCAUACGCGCUGCGCUACCUCGACACGGGGCCGAUCGAGAUGUCUCCGGACGGGAGCACACGCCCGGUGCCCGCGCGCGGCGUCGACUGGCUGAAUAGGUCACUCGGAACUACUCGCUGGAGCCGCAACUGUGACUGCGUCCCGUCGCACAUUCCCGCGGCGGCACCAGACUGCCCCGUCCCCCACCUGCGUCCUCACGGCUUCACCCCGCACCCGCCGCGCCUGAUCGCGACGAACCCUACGUGGGCCACCGACAUAGCCGCGCUCUUUGCCAAUCCGUACUGGGUGCCCGAGGAGCGGCGGUACCAGGUCGGCGCCGGAUUCGUGGAAAGGCACUUGGACCUGAGCUGCUACGAGCGGGCGAAGACGACGGCAAAGGAGGUGUACGAGUACAUGGAACGCAGGUGUAGGAAGGCGGAGGGACGGCAGCAUUGGUUCCCCGAAGAUGCGGUCGAGACGUUCAAGAUGUGGAUGGAGCAGGGGUGCAGAGUCGAUAUGAGCGAGAAGGGCCGGUGGCCGUACGGCGAGAUGAGGUCGAGCCGUGAGAAAUACGUGAGCUGGGUGGAAAAAUAUGGAGCGAUGUCUCGCUGA